UGAUGCUCCAGGUUAGCGCACCAGUUUGCAUUAAUUUAUAUCUCAUUUUCAUCUUAGAUUUUCACCCUUUUUCCUAAAGUCAUUAAAAAUUGGCGUGAUCUGGCCGUAUCGACCUCCUAUUAUAUUCGGAGGCGUGAGCCAUUAAUUAAAGAAGAAGAAGAACGAAGACCAGAGAUUUCUUACAUAUUGGUGAUAUUAGAAGAGAGCGAGAAAGGAAGAAGACGCCAGUAUGUCAACUACGAUGGAUGAUACAGUGAAGCACAAGAGUCACAGAAACCGCAAUGCGGGCCGUAAAGCGGAGAAGAAAAAGGCCAAGAAGGAACAUAUUCAGGAACUGUCAGACAAGCAGAGGAACCCAAAAGCAUUUACUUUCAAUUCUGCGAUCAGAGCAGAAAGGAGGUUUAGACGGAAACAGGAUAUCGAAACCAAGAAGCAGCAUAUACCUCUUGUCGACAGAACACCUUUGGAGCCACCGCCAAUUUUGGUAGCCGUGGUUGGUCCGCCAAAAGUGGGAAAGUCGCUGGUCAUUCAAUGCUUGAUCAAGAGCUAUGUCAAACAACCAUUGACCAACAUACUUGGUCCUGUCACUAUUGUAUCAGGCAAGAAACGAAGGAUCACCUUCAUAGAAUGCAAUAAUGAUGUGAACUGUAUGAUUGAUAUUGCCAAGGUAGCAGAUCUGGUGCUGCUGCUGGUGGAUGCCUCCUUUGGAUUUGAGAUGGAGAUCUUUGAAUUUUUGAAUAUAUGCCAGGUGCACGGUAUGCCCAGAAUUAUGGGGGUUCUUACUCAUUUGGAUCUUAUAAAGAACGCGAGACAAAUGAGGAAAAUCAAGAAGACAUUGAAGCAACGCUUCUGGACAGAGGUGUUUGCUGGUGCAAAAUUGUUCUAUCUCUCUGGAUUACUACACGAAGAGUAUCUCCGCAUGGAGAUAAAGAAUCUGGCACGAUUCAUAUCAGUCAUGAAGUUCAGGCCUUUGACUUGGCGUACUAGCCAUCCCUAUUUACUCGCUGAUAGAUUGGAAGACUUGACGCCGCAAGAGCUGAUCAGGAAGAAUCCAAAGGUUGACAGAAAUAUCAGUUUGUAUGGAUAUGUUAGAGGAAUAAAUUUGAACAAAGAUACAUCCAUUCAUAUACCCGGCUGUGGAGACAUGAAAAUCAAAGAUGUGAACUUUUUGCCAGAUCCAUGUCCACUUCCGGAACAUAUUAAGAAGCGAGCUCUAGUGGAGAAGGAACGGCUGAUUUAUGCGCCGUUUUCUGGAGUCGGUGGCAUAGUUUAUGAUAAGGAUGCCGUUUAUGUAGAACUGGGCGGCAGUCAUUCUUACAAAGAAGAAGACACAGGUUUGGCUGGCGCUUUAAUGGAUACGCAAGAGACGCUAGACCAAAAACUGCAACACAGCGAGUUGAAACUAUUCAGCGAUGCUGCACCGAUAAAGUCACAAGAUGUGAACGAAAUAAUGACUCCUUAUACGGGUGAAUUGGUGACAGAGAACGGAAGAGUUCGACGAAAAGUGAUAUUUAAAGAUGAGGCGGAUGUAGAAAAUGCCUUGAAUAAAGGUGAUGAUGAAGAUGACGAAAACAACGAAGAUGACGAAAAUAAUGAUAUUGAUAAUAAUGAUUGUAAAAUGGAUGAGAAUGGUGAUGAUGAUGAUGAUGAUGAAUGGAGCGACGUAAAAACUUCAGAAAAAACUGAAAAGAGCGUUAAGAGAAAAAGCACAGACGAAAGCAACACACAAAAGAAAAAGAUGAAAAUCUUGGUUAAUUCAACUAUUGAAAAUGAUGAUGUAGAUCUUGAUGAAUCUGAGUUAACAAAUAAUAAAAAGAUGGAUGCUUCUCAAGAAAAUGGAGGAGUGUAUCAUUCGCUGAGUAAAGAAUCAGAUAAACUAAUAAAAAAUAAGAUCUCGGAAGCAUUGAGUUUUUUGGAGGCAACAAAGAAAAACGUGAAGCAGGACGGUGACGACGAAAGUUUCGACGAGCUCAGCGACGAAGACUCGCGCGCGGGUUUAGAAAUGAACGAUGCAGAUCGAUCCAGCGAUUUCGAAAACAUUGCAUCCGAAGAAGACAUAGAAGAAGAGAAAGGAGAUAUCAAGAUGGAUGAGAGCGAAGAAGUUCCGGAUGAAUUUAAGUGGAAAAGGAAUUUAACAGAGAAGGCGAGAGAAUCUUUCAUAAAUCGUCAGCAAAACAACAAAAACUUGAUGAAGAUUGUUUAUGGAGUAUUCGACAAAAAUAAUAUGAUUGAAGAGCAGGAUAAAGCAGAUGAGAAGCUUGAUCAGGAUAUUGGUGGAAUAUUCCGUAUAGUUCAAGAACAACAGAAGCAGAAGAUACAAGAGCGAGAAUUGCAGAAUCAGGAGGAGUCUGUAUUCUUCACGAUGGACAUCCCGCGCAAUUGGCUGGAAGAGGAGAACAAAGCGUUGUUGAUUAACCGUUUUGUUACGGGCAAAUGGAAGGAAUCGGAGGACGCCGAGGAGCUUUUGAAGUUGGACGACGAGGAUCUAUAUGGUGAUUUUGAGGAUCUAGAGACCGGAGAAAAGCAUAAAGCGGAGCAUCCUAAGGAGUUGUCCACGGACGAGGUAGAGGAGAAGAAGAAGCUCUUGGAAAAGAAGAAAAAGCUGAAGGAGCAAUUUAACGCGGAAUACGACAAUACGGAAAAGAAAACUUAUUAUGAUGAGCUGAAGGACGAGGUAGAGAGACAAGCUGGCAUCAACAAGUCAGAGUUUGAAGGGCUGGACGAUGAUAUCAGGGUCCAAUUGGAAGGCUAUCGCCCCGGCAUGUAUAUUCGCGUGGAGAUCGAGGCGGUGCCUUGCGAGCUAAUUACGCAUUUCGACCCGACGUAUCCGAUUAUCAUUGGCGGUUUGUUGCAUGGUGAGGAGAAUAUCGGUUACGUACAAACGCGGAUCAAGAAGCACCGGUGGUAUUCAAGGAUCUUGAAGAGUCGCGAUCCACUUAUAUUCUCCAUAGGUUGGCGUAGAUUCCAGUCGCUGCCAAUUUAUUCCAAAUUGGAGGACAAUUUACGUCAUCGAAUGUUGAAGUAUACGCCAGAGCAUGUGGCAUGCAUGGGCCAUCUUUGGGGUCCGAUUACGCCACAGGGUACCGGAGUUCUGGCGGUGCAGGACGUCGCGAGUAAAGAACCUGGUUUCCGUAUCGCAGCGACUGGUUCGAUUGUGGAGUUGAGCAAGAGUACGGAAAUAAUGAAGAAACUUAAGCUAAUUGGUGUACCGAUGAAGAUUCACCGCAAGACAGCGUUCAUUAAGGACAUGUUCAACAGCGCCCUCGAGGUCGCUAAGUUCGAGGGUGCCCGAAUUAAGACAGUCUCAGGUAUUCGCGGCCAAAUCAAGAAAGCAAUCUCCAAGCCAGAGGGCUGCUUCCGCGCCACAUUCGAGGACAAGAUCAUGUUAAGCGAUAUAGUAUUUUGUAGGACUUGGUAUAAGGUCGAUGUGUCGCGCUUCUACAAUCCGGUGACGUCGUUGCUGCUGCCGCCCGCGGAAAAAAGUCGAUGGCACGGUAUGAAGACUACGGGCCAACUAAAGCGAGAAAGGAAUAUCCACGCCGAAGCUAAUACAAACUCGAUGUAUACAUCGAUCCAGCGAGACGUCAAGGUAUUUAAACCGCUGUUCAUUCCGCGUAAAUUGCAGAAGGAGCUCCCAUACAGGGACAAACCCAAACUUGAGUCCGUGCCGCAUUUACGGAAGCCCAAGUUUAAGCAAGGCCGAGUUGCCGUGGUACGCGAACCAAAAGAACAGAACAUCGCGCGUAUAAUAAAGAUGAUCAGAACGAAUUAUGCGCAAAAGCAGAAGCAGGAGAAGGAGACUAUGACGAAGAGAAUAACAGCGUAUCAGACGCGAAUCAAAGAGGAGGAAGCCAAGAAAUUGUGCAAGCAAAAGAAGAUGAAGAAGAAUAUCUACAAGUAUCUCAGUAAGCAGGAAAAGAAAAACAGUCGCUAAGGCUUCUGAGGUAGAAUAAAGAUUGAUAUUUUAAACAAUUUA